AUGGGCUGCGGAGCCGGCGGGAGCUGCACGCCGCGCCCGCCCAUCCGCCCGCCGGCACCAGAAACCCGCGUGGUCGCUGUGGUCUUCCUCGGCCUCCUGCUGGACCUCCUGGCCUUCACCCUGCUGCUGCCCCUACUGCCUGGGCUGCUGGAGAGCCAUGGCCGUGCCCACGACCCCCUCUACGGCUCCUGGCAGCGCGGGGUGGACUGGUUUGCAGCAGCCAUAGGAAUGCCAGCAGAGAAGAGGUACAACAGCGUCCUGUUCGGAGGUCUGAUCGGCUCCGUGUUCUCACUCCUGCAGUUCCUCUCGGCACCGCUCACCGGGGCCGUGUCUGACUGCCUGGGGAGGCGCCCGGGGAUGCUGCUGUCCCUGGCAGGUGUGGCCACCUCGUACGCAGUGUGGGCUGCCUCGAAGAGCUUUGCGGCCUUCCUGGCCUCCAGGGUGAUAGGCGGCAUCAGCAAGGGGAACGUUAGCCUCUGCACCGCCAUUGUUGCUGACCUGGGCUCACCAUCUGCCCGCAGCAAGGGCAUGGCAGUCAUCGGGGUGGCUUUUUCUUUGGGCUUCACCCUGGGCCCCACACUGGGCGCCUUCUUGCCCUCGGAGACAGUGCCCUGGCUGGCCCUGCUCUUCGCCGUCUCGGACCUGCUGUUCAUCUGGUGCUUCUUGCCAGAGACGCUGCCCCCGGAGAAGCGGGCGCCCUCCGUCUCCCUGGGGUUCCGGGCGGCCGCGGACCUGCUCAGCCCCCUGGCCCUGCUCCGCUUCUCCGCCGUGGCCCGCGGCCCGGACCCGCCCACUGGAGUCCGGCUUGGCAGCCUGCGAGGCCUGGGCCUGGUCUACUGCCUCUACCUCUUCCUGUUCUCGGGCCUGGAGUUCACGCUCAGCUUCCUGGUGCACCAGCGCUUCCAGUUCAGCAGGGUAGAACAGGGGAAGAUGUUUUUCUUCAUUCGGUGUCUCCCUGGUGUUCCCCCAGCCGCAGCCGUCGUGGUCCCCUGCCUGUCCUCCGUGGUCGCCGGCUAUGGCUCGCCCCGGCAGAAGGGCACGGUCAUGGGCACGCUGCGGAGUCUGGGCGCCCUGGCCAGGGCCGUGGGCCCCGUGGUGGCCGCCUCAGCGUACUGGCUGGCCGGUGCCCGCGUCUGCUACACCGUGUGCGCUGCGCUCUUCCUGCUCCCAUUCUCCGUCCUGCGGACCCUGAGCCCCCCAGCGCCGACACUCAAGGCCGAGUAGCUGG